AUGGUAUCCAUCUCCCAACUAGCCGCCAACCACUCCCCCACAAACUUCACCGACCCCGAGCAAUUUAUCCCAGAACGCCAUCUCGGAGACCCUCGCUUCGCAAACAAUAGCAAAACAGCAAUGCAGCCAUUCAGCUUUGGCCCGAGAAACUAUAUUAGACGCAACCUGGCAUACGUCGAAAUGCGGUUGAUCCUUGCUCGCAUGGUUUUCAACUUUGAUAUGGAAAUGGAUCAGCCAGCGCAGAACUGGUUGGAUCAGGAGUGUUUUGUCUUAUGGGAGAAGCCGGCUUUGCCGGUCAGAUUAUUGCCGAGGAAAGUAUGA